AUGUCAGUUCAUUCAUUCAUUCUUCUUCCUAGAAACCAAAAAAGAACAGAGAAAACAGCCGUACGGACGUUCUUGUUUUUGCUUGUUUGUUGUUGGGUUGUUGUCAAAAUUUAUUUCUUGAUCAUCUUCAGUUCUUCACCACCAUUAUCAGAGUAAGAAGAGCUUUGAUCCUCUCUUCAAUCCUUCAAAAUUGAUUUGGUUCAAUGAAGAAGAAAGGAGGAAGUAAAAUUCGCAUUAAAGACAAAAAAGGAGGUGUGAUGGAUGUAGAUGGUGUUGAUUUAGUAGCUGAGAAGGACAAUCUGAAGGAAUCCUGUAGGCAGGCAUCGUUGGCUUUCUUUGAAGAAUAUGGUCUUAUCAGUCACCAACUUAAUUCUUACAAUGCAUUCAUCAACCAUGGUAUUCAAAAUGUGUUUGAUUCGUUGGGAGAAAUCAUUGUUGAUUCUGUGACUGAUCCCUCAAAGUCUAGUGACCUUUUCGGGCGAAAAUGUGUCUCAGUGAAGUUUGGGAAGGUGAAUCUUGAAAAGCCAAGAUUUUCGACCAGUGAAAACUUCGUUGAUGAGGGUGGUAAAGAAAACUACGAGUUGCUUCCUCGUCAUGCCCGCCUUCAGAACUUGACUUAUGCAGCUAGGAUUCGAGUUGAGAGUCAUAUGAAGGUGUACACCAAUGAGAAAUGUGUGAAAGAGAGGAAGGAAGAGAUCUCAUUUGGGAGUCUUCCUAUUAUGGUAGGAUCCGACAUAUGUUGGAUGAGAGGAAAAACAAAGGCUGAUUGUGAGUUCGAUAAUGGUGGAUAUUUCAUCAUCAAGGGCGCUGAGAAGAUAUUCGUUGCACAGGAGCAGAUGUGCUUGAAGAGACUUUGGAUUUCGAAGACUCCAAGUUGGACGAUUUCUUAUCGUCAAGUUUCAAGAAGAGAAAGAGUGUUCUUGAAGUUGCUUGAUAAUGAGUUUGGAGGAGAAAAAGUCCUUGACGUUUACUUUCUUGGGACACAAAUGCCUGUCUGGAUAUUAUUUUUCGCCCUUGGCACACCAUCAGACCGAGACGUUGUGAAUCUGAUUGGCAUGGACAUUGAGGACACCAGAAUAUCCAACAUUCUUGUUGCUUCAAUUUAUUAUGCAGACAAGAUGUGUGAAGACUUCCGGAAAGAUAACAAUUCUUUCCACUAUAUUGAAAAACUUCUGAGAAACUGUAAAUUCUUUCCUGAAGAACCUCUUGAAGAAUGUCUCAGCAGUUUACUGUUUUCAAAUUUAAAGGGUCUUAAGCUCAAGGCUCGCUUUCUUGGUUACAUGGUCAGAUGUCUGUUGGAAGCCUAUACUGGCAAGAGAAAAAUUGACAACCGAGAUGAUUUGAGGAACAAGAGACUUGAGUUGGCUGCUGAGUUACUUGAGCGGGAAUUGAUGACUCACCUUAUGCAUGCUCAAAGAUACAUGAGUAAGGCCAUGCAGAAAGAUCUUCAAGGAGAUAAAGAACUGCAAAAUGUUGGACACUAUUUUAAUGCCUCAAUUAUAAGUAAUGGUCUCUCCAGGGCAUUUUCAACUGGGGGAUGGUCACAUCCCUACAAGAAAUCUGAGAGGGUGUCUGGUGUUGUCGCAAUUCUAAAACGGACAAAUCCAUUGCAAACAACAGCUGACAUGAGGAAAACUAGGCAGCAGGUAUCAUACACCGGGAGAGUAGGUGAUGCCAGAUAUCCAAAUCUUUCACACUGGGGAAGGGUGUGCUUCCUCUCUACACCAGAUGGAGAAAAUUGUGGGCUAGUAAAGAAUUUGGCAUGUUUGGCACUUGUCAGCACUACUGUAUCAGAACCUUUUUUCCACAAGUUGCUUGAAUGUGGAAUGACAGAGUUGGUGGAUCAUUCUUCAUCUUUUCUUUCUGGGAAAUUCAAAAUUUUCGUGGAUGGGAACUGGAUCGGAACAUGUGAAGAUUCUGAAGGCUUUGUAGCAGCCCUGAGGAGUAAGCGUCGCAAAAAGGAAUUUGACCAGCAGGUGGAAAUCAAAAGAGAUCCAUUGCACUCAGAAGUUCGAAUAUUUUCUGAUGCCGGUAGAAUUCUCCGCCCUCUUAUAGUUGUUGAUAAUCUGAGGGGCAUUCUAGAUUUCAGAGGUCAUGGCUAUCCUUUUCAGACUCUAUUGGACAAAGGGAUUGUUGAACUUAUUGGUCCUGAAGAAGAAGAAGAUUGUACAGUUGCUUGGGGAACUGAGUACCUGCUAGAAGGAAGCAAAGAGAAUCCACCCAGAGAGUUCACUCAUUGUGAACUUGAUUCGACAUUUUUGUUGGGUUUGAGUAGUGGUAGCAUCCCGUAUCCCAAUCAUGACCAUGCUCGCCGAGUUCUUUACCAGGCCGAGAAGCAUUCUCAACAGGCCAUUGGGUUUUCCACCACAAACCCAAAUAUUCGGGUGGAUACAAAUUUCCAUCAGCUGUACUAUCCCCAGAGUCCUCUUUUUCGAACAGUUUUAUCAGAAUCUCUUGGAAAUCCCACAGGCCGUGCGCAUAAAGGGAUGUUAUCAUGUCCUCAAUAUUACAACGGACAGUGUGCCAUUGUAGCAGUGAAUGUGCACUACGGAUACAAUCAGGAGGAUUCUAUCGUGAUGAAUCGAGCUUCAGUAGAGCGUGGCAUGUUCCGUUCAGAGCAUAUAAGAACUUACAAGUCAGAGGUAGAUGAGAUUAAAGAAAAUAAGGCCUCAGCCAGGUCAAGGUCUGGAAAUCAUUUAAAGUUUGGAAAGAUGCUGAGUGAAGCUGGCAAAGACGAAUCCCUUGAAGAUGAUGGUUUUCCAUUCAUUGGUGCUAGCCUUAAAACUAAUGACAUAAUCAUAGGUAAAUUUACAGGUUCGGGCAAAGAUCAAAGUGUGAAACUCAAGCAUACCGAAAGAGGCAUAGUACAUAAGGUUGUCUUGUCAACUAAUGAUGAAGGCAAGAACUUAACAGCUGUUUCCCUGAGACAGGUUCGUUCGCCAGCUCCUGGAGAUAAAUUUUCAAGUAUGCAUGGACAAAAAGGUGUUGUAGGUUUUAUGGAAUGUCAGGAGAAUUUCCCUUUCACGAUGCAAGGCAUUGUCCCUGACAUUGUAAUCAACCCGCACGCAUUUCCUUCGCGACAAACUCCGGCUCAGCUGUUAGAGGCUGCUUUGGGGAAGGGGAUUGCCCUUGGUGGAACUCUAAAAGGUGCCACACCAUUUUCCAACUCGCCAAUGGAUUCAAUUUCAGACCAACUUCAUAAGCUUGGAUUUCAAAGGUGGGGAGAUGAGAGAGUCUGGAAUGGACAAACAGGCGAAAUGAUGGAUUCACUAGUCUUCAUGGGACCAACAUUUUAUCAGCGACUCGCUCAUAUAGCUGAAGACAAGAUAAAGUACCGGAACACAGGGGCAGUGCACCCGUUAACUCGCCAGCCGGUGGUGGACAAGAAGCGAUUUGGUGGUAUAAAACUUGGCGAGAUGGAGAGGGAUUGUUUGCAAGCUCACGGCGCUUCUGCGAACCUAGAUGAGCGGCUUUUCACAAUGAGCGAUCGCUCGUCAAUGCACGUCUGCCGCAAGUGCAAACACAUGGCAAAUAUGGUCCUGAAGACAUUGUUGGGUGGCCGCCAGGUGCGAGGACCGUAUUGCCGGGUAUGUAAAUCUGGAAAUGAUAUUGUGAAGGUGAAUCUCCCUUAUGGCUCCAAGUUGCUCUGCCAGGAGCUUCUUGGAAUGGGGAUAUUAGUCCAGUUUGAUACUGAAUUAUGCUGAGUGAUCAGAUAUCUGCACAUGCUGAGAUUGUAGAUGACUUGAUGUUACCCUAUCUUCUGACCUGUAUUACAGAAGGGUGUACCUACUUCAUCCAUAGCAUUUUGCAGUUGGUGCUAAAUGUAUUAUACUCUAAUCUAAUGAAAAGAUUCGAUGCUUGAGUUGACUCUUGAUCUUUUGUUUUGUGUGUCACAUACAAACAUAUUUCAUU